CUUAGCGCACUUAGGGGCUAGCUUUGAUCAGGUUCCUUAGACUUGGACUUGUGGAAGGGCCCUUGUGGAAAUAUCGAUAGUAUAGUGAUCACAGUGCGACGUUAAAAAAUAUAACCGAAAUAUCAUCAAAUUUAAUUCACUAAUUCGCCGUUAAAUGUUGUCCAGAAGAGAAGUCGAGAAUACGCCUUACCAAUACCUUUCUGGUGGAUGUACUAGAGUGAAGAAUUAUUUCAGAAUAAGUCAGAAAUCUUUAUCUUUUUUUUUUGUAAAUUCCUAAGUUUGAGGUUUUAGUAAAUAUAAUUAUUUUAGAAGUUGGCAUUUCUAAUGCCCUAUCAUAGCGGGUAUAAGCUGAGAGUCCGUCUUGGCGUGUCACUCGUACUGGCUAUCCACUUUUUAGCUCACAGUUAUUAGUUGUAAUUUGCGCAGAUCAAGCAAGUGUGCUCUUGUUGUUAAAAUCAAGGCGAAGCAACUGUAGAACAUUUUUAUAGGAAUAUGUAUGUAUAAUGCCAGAGAUAAAUCUGCAAGUCCUUUUUCUGCCGUUACAUGACGCUAGAAAUAUUGACGAAUAAAAGUUUUGAUUUUGGUAUGCUGUGUUUGUCCUUCUGCUCUGUUUACGCUCAAGGCAAAUUGCAAUGAUGAAAAGCCCUACUUGAGACAAAGAAAUGUCUGCCCUGCAGCUCUCGGUAAAAUGAGGAGUGUGCGAAGUCGUGCGGACAAAAUGGGCAAAGAAAAUCACUAAAAAAGAGAUCGGACUAUCAAGCAUUUGUUUCUAAAUGGAUUCCUUGGCGAACUAUGGCGUUAUUAUUACUACUAUGUCCUUAAAACGAAUUUCAGCUGAAUCCUCAUAUUGCUUAGCUCUGGACUCCGCGCUAUGAAGACCAAUAAUUUCACCGACAGCCUGUUGUUUGUAGUGCAUGCAAAGCAGGCUAGGGUCACAGUGGAUCACCGCAUUCGACCAAUCCUGUGCAUCAUAAUAACGCAACAAUAAAGUAUUGGGUUCCUUCAUUCUAGGAAACCGCGCCUUGAUUGGCGUCGGUUAUAAGUAUGCCGCUUUUGGAUAUAAUCAAUAAACUUCGAUAAACCUAUUUAUUGACGAAAUUCCAUGCGAAAUUAAAUAAGGAGUACAAACGGUGCGACUGCAACCAUCUAUCUCGAGAGAAACAGAAACCGAGAUCGGGGUUCUUCUUUUCUCUUGAUGCAAAGCAACUUUUUGUAACAUUGAUUAUCGAGUAAAUUCCGGCUCCUGUUUAACAUUGACUGUUUCACGAUCAUUCAAAAUACAGCUCUUGUCUCUGUGGAUUUACUUCGCCGAGUGAACCGAAAUGUUUUAGUGUGUAAGGGGCAAAGGGUGAGUGCUUGAAGAUUACCACUGAUUGGUUAAGGAGAUUCUUAGCUGGGGGAUUUUUUGAAUAAUGUCACACGCUCAGGUCUUCGGGUUGUGCGCUUCAAAUAACAGCAACAGUCUGACAAGAUAGACAGAUAGCAUUGAAAAUCGCUCGGGUAUACAGUUGAUAUUUAGAACAUAGUAUACCAACUGAAAUAUGAUUGAAGUUAUUGAGGGGAGAGUUGUGCUGUCUUCAAAGCCUGAAUACGUCUUGGAUUUUGAUGAGUUUACGCGACAAGGCGAAGCUUCCGAAAGUGGAAAUCUGAAGAGUAAGCUGCUCAAAGCUGCAAUGGAUGCAUGGAACCUUAAGCAAGACGACAAAGGGUCCCUUUUAUGGGCCCUGGAGCUGUUCCAAUUGUUAACCUUGCAAAUCCAACCCAACAACCUGCCAAGAUUUCCGUAUCAAGAGAGCCAAAUUAACGUAUGGUUUUCGUACUCCAGAGACUGCAAUCAGAACUUGCCUAAUGUUAUGAUGAUCAACCUCGAUUCGCACGGGAAGGAGACGAAUACCCAUCAUUUGCAGAACGAGCUUCAGUUUCCUGAUGGUCUAUUGGAGAGGGAUCACCGUCUCUUCUACCAUGGGACGAACCACAUGAGCGCUCAGUCGAUCUUACGAGAUGGAAUCGACCUCGACAAAUGCCGCCCGCAACUUGACUUUAGCGUGUCUCGUGGAUUCUACUUGAACAACAACUUUGACGAAGCGGAGGAAUGGGGAUUCAGUAGAGGGGGCGGGAGAGGGAAAUGCGCAGUUCUGGUAUUCAGAAUAAAGCAGAACAUUUUAAAUAGACAAAAUCACGUGGACCUGACAGGGACAGAACAAGAAGAAGAAUGGAGGCGAAUUGUCAAAGGGUGCAGAAAUGGCGAUAGAAAAAUAUCUAAGGAACUAAAAAGAAAGGAUUUUGUGCAAGGACCGAUAGCCGGACUAUCAAAGAGGGCAGGAGGAUAUAGUAUCCAUAUUAAGGAAGGCAGUUAUCAAUUGUGCAUACUGUCGGAUGACCUAGCGAGUACUUUUGAUUGUGCGCUGCAUUCUGUCGUAUUUUACACCAGGGACUAACACGCUAAGGACGGACACAAUGAGAACAUUGAGCCACAUUCAAAUGGAUGAAUGGUACAUUGGUACAUUGGGUUAUCGCUUUAAACAUUGAAUUUACGAGACUAACGUUUGUUUGUGGUUUUAGACUCAAUUUACAAUGAAUCAAUAGGUAAACCCAUCAACCUAGAUGGAACCUUCAAGUAAUGCGAAAUUUCUAUAAAUGUACAGGAAAAGAAUGUAAAUAGAUGUAUUAUUAUGACAUAUACCGCAUAUCGUAUGUCUCCAAUAUGUCUCCAAUAUUAUCGAUUUUUUGGAGUUAA